CAGGCUGGCCAGGGCUGUGACCUGCUUCCACAAUGUUUACAAACAAAGGGUUGCAGACGAUGUUCCACUCGCCACAAACCCCGGAAUCUAUCCUAAAAAUGAUCACAUUUAGCUACUCUUGACUAAAGUGACAGUUUUGUGGUAACUUGUAAGCAAUGGCUGAGCCUCUGGUCAAGAGGGAAGAGAUGGGAGGCAAUACUAUCCCCAACACUGAGUUAUGCGGCUUGUCAACUCAUCCUCUCAACAAGUCGGUCAACCAUUGCAGUCAAACCUUCACAGACUCUGAGAUUUUAAGCAAUGAUCUGUGUGAACCACUGCAGAGGAUCACAGAUCCAGAGAACCACAUACACGCGAGACAGAACCGGACAGAAUAUAGUGAGAGUGAGGUUACACAGACGGUGGUUAGGGAAGUAUUACAGAGCUGUGAGGGGGAGAAGGAGAACGAGGACACCUCGCUAGUUACUGCUGAUAAAGAUAACUUAUUCUUUGAUAUAAGUAAUAAAGUCAAAGUUGUCUUUAACUUAGAAGGAUUAAAAGAAGCUGGGGGUCUGCUGUAUAUUGGGUGUAAAGGUGAAGUUGACAAAACUAAUCCAUCUAAGAUUACAGAAUGGUUUACUGCAGAGUUUUUAAAUCUUCAUAGAGUAUAUGCCAUUAAAGAAGAGGAGCCUUUUCUUCUCAGGAUUUUUACACGCAAUCAUGAGUCAACAAAUCGUGGAAUCAGGAAGAAGGGAGGACGAAAAGUAAUGUUGAUGGGUCAGGAAGUGUUUGGAGAUGUGUUGCUUGCUUGUGGUCACUGUGGUUACUGGUCUCACGAGGGAAGUAAUGUUCGGAGGCACCUCAAGAAAUCUGUGUGUCUUAAAGAGAGAGGGUAUUCAAAAGAAGAUUUAGCAGGACUAGAUAGAACAGAGAGAAGGAAAUUUCUCAGAAGAGUGGCAGCAGCAAAGUGCCGUGCUAAGAAGCGAGCGAGAGCUACAGUAGAUGAGGGUACACCAGAGAGAAAUGGAGUAGAUGGGAAUCAACCUAAAGCUGGCACAAAUUCCUACACACCAUAUCCUCUAAACUUGGGAAUGUCUUCUAAUGCAUAUGUAGAAUGCCUUGUAGAGAUUCAAGAAACUUGCUGUGGGACAGGAAUUCCAAGAACUACUACCACUACUAACACUAGAGUACCUACUGGUGUGCCUAAUGCCUCAGUUGUGAAUGGAUUACCACAACCAAAAAUAAAAAGGAAGCCUCCAAAAUAUAAAGCUCUUACUCUUGGACCUGCUGUAGAGCAGGAAGUGGUUCAGAGAGUGCCAUAUGAUAUAUUUACUGUAAAUGAAAAAAAUGAAAGAGUAGCGUGGAAACCUCCAGUAUGUCAUAAGUCUUCCCCGGGAGAUCAGGCGUGUCAAAUAGUUUUUAAAGGUGCACGAAUGAAACGACGCUGUAUGGACUUACCAGUUCCCAUGGUUCUAAUAUACCGUAAGUUGGACUGCAAAACUCAUCAUUGCAACUUUACGCUUUUUCAUCCCAAUGCCAGAGCCUCAUUCAAAAACGAUACUACAGCAAAAGCCUCGGUGAAUGUCAAGAUGUAUGGAGAUAUAGUCAUGACACAAGAGUUUUAUCACUACUUUGUCUCGCUUCUGUCUAUCAUGAAGAUGAAGUCUUCUCAGACUGCGAGACACUUAACAAGCGUUUGGGAAACCAUAAUUAGUGAAAGGUUGGGAACCACAGCAAUACCUGAUGAGCAUCGUAAGGUUAUAACUCUCUCCAAGCAAACAGUAAAGUCAAUUUGGACAAGUAUUGAAGAAGAGGCUGGGAGCAGAGGAGGCUUGAGGCUGUUAAAAGGGUCUAAACGCAAGAAAAAGCCACCAGCUUCCUCAGCUGCUGCCAUUACUCCUCCGUCCAGUGUAGCUCCUGUGAGCCAUCAAGGUCCAGUUGCUGUAUCUUCUUGGGGCGUCACAACAGUACAAGUACUCCAACCUGGGAUGCAGCAUCAUUGUGUGAAACGCCUGAAUCAUGGUGUUCCAAAACCACAUCUUCCUCCUCCUCCUCCCCCUCCUCCUCCUCCUCCCCCUGCCCCUCCUCCAACACUACCUCCCAAACCUCAUAUGAUGCCCCCUCCUCCUCCUCCACCUCACAACCACAUGCAACAACCUACCCAUCCAACAGUUACACACACCCACUGGCUUGGGCAGCCACCACAAUAUCCACACAAUAUGACCCCAUAUCCAAUGGCACCACCACCUACUGCUGAAUAUUAUCCCAUGCCAGGGCAUUUCAUGGCUCAAUACACACCAGCAACAAUGGGUACCUCACCCUGAAUAUAUAUCAGUUUUGCUCACGAACAGAAUCCUGAUGUAUUCUUUUGCUUUUGUGAACAUAUAGUACCUACUGGUACAGUAUGUAUUACGAUAUGUUCUCAUACUCUGUCCACGAGCAACUAUGUGUUGUUUUGUUGCAAUCUGUUCCCCUUCAUGUUUUGGACUUGACAGGUGUCCCUCACUUUGUGAUAGAUGCAUGCAUGGUUGAUUGCACAUAAAGCAAAAAUCACAUGAAGCAUAUCAAUUACAAUGUAAUAAAUAGGGAUUUGUUCUUUGCCGAUUCCACAUUUUUUCACUAAUAUUUACCAAAAAGAAAUAUGAGCUUAGCAUACAUUCAUCAAAUAGUAAUAUAUAUGAAAGAAAUAAAUUUGAUUAAAACCAUUUAAGGAAAAAAUUGUACUGGUACUUGCCAACAGCAGCAAACACACAAGCACAUGAAGACAUGGAGGUGGAGGGGGGUGCUGAAGAAUUAGUUGGUGUAAGGACAGUGGUGCAGAGUGGUCAAGGUCACACUUGUAGGAGGCAAGGUAACGUGAAGAGAAGAAGACACAUAUAAGGAGCUGUCAACAUACAAUAACAGUGAAGGUAUAGAGAUGGAAGUUCCAGCAAGAGUGAUGCUGGGUGUGGGUGAAGGAGACCUUAAGAUGUCAGCUUGGAGGUCUGCUCAGCCAUUUGUUGCUUCUGAGCAUACACCUAGGCACUAAGGGCAUUGUUCUCACUAUGAAUUUCAGGCUCCUCUCCAGGCAAGUGUCAAUGUCCAUGGCAAACUGGAAAAGUCUCUUAGCUUAUGUAAACCAUUCUUCAAGCUUCUUCAUGGUCAUAUCCUUUACAUCAAGGAACUUCAUCAUCUCCUUUUUCAGUUGUGGAAAUCUCAGUGAGGUCAUCAAUGCCCCUAAUUCUUUAUUAUGGAAAACAAUAAGCUUCAAAAGAUUUUUUUAUUAUGGGAAAACAAUAAGCUUGUUGCAGUUUAAAAACUGUAGUGUAAAGCACCCUACUGGCAAGACAGUGAUGAAGUGAAUGAUGGUGAAAGUUUUUCUUUUUCGGGCCACCCUGCCUUGGUGGGAAUCGGCCAGUGUGUUAAUAAAAAAAAAAAAAGCUUUAAAACUUCUCCCUUAAGGUCUGAGAAGCCUUCCCCUCCCACCUUCCUUCCAAGCUCAACGACUUCUCUCGUGCUUGUUGACAGUUUUUGGAAGUCCUUGAGGUUCAUAAUGCAGUGUCCCAAAUGGACUUCCAAGCACCAUUCAAGGCAGAAAACUUCAUUUCAUCUCAUAAAGCCUUAUUGUUUAUUGCAUUCCUAACAUUGUAUGACUCCCACCACUCACACAGUCUUGGCUUGUUGGUCCCAUCUGUGUCAUCCAGCGACUGGAACAUUGUCCUUAGGUAAUAGGCCUUAAAUGUUGCAAUAACUCUCUGAUCAAAAGGCUAGAUUGUUGACAUGUUCAAAGUGUUUAGGGGUAUUGUCAAGGACAAGCAAGACAUUAAAAGCUAAAUUAGAUUCCUUGUAGUGGUACUCUGUCUCCAUGAUGAAAUGCACCAAUUUUCAGAAAUUUGACCUGUCACCCAUCCCUUCUUGUUUACAGCCCAGUGUGCAGGGAUCAUGUUCUUACUCAGCUCUUUCAGUGCAUGUGGAUUGAGGGAGUGGUACACUAGUAUCGAUUUACACUUUAAAACUUCUGCAGCACUGCUGCAUAGUAGGACACUGAGCUUGUCCUUCACUGCCUUGAAUCCACCUACAACCUUCUCCUUAGAUAUGUAUAUCCUAGAUAGCGUCCAUUUCCAAAAACAGCCGUUUCAUCAACAUUGAAAACUUGCUUAGGACUGUAGCCUUCAACAGCUAUAAUUGCUGUAAGGUCCACUAGAAAUAUUGCAGCAGCAACAUGAUCAAGACUUGCAGAUUCUCCUGUCACUUUAAUGUUGUGCAGAUUUUAAGACCAAUUAAAUUUGUCAGACCAGCCCUUACUAGUCAUGAAGGGUUCCUAAGGAUCACUUUCAUCUUGUGAUGAAUGGUUUUGAAAACCGACAAGUUGAAGAUUGAGACACACAUGCAACAUAUGGGAAUCUUUAUUGAGGAAAUGCUUCGCCACACAGUGGCUUCAUCAGUCCAAUACAGAGCAGAAAGGUGUAAGUAGAGGUGGAGUUUGAGGUAAUCAGUCCCUCAGCCUCACUUUCAUCUUGUAUUAGGCCAUCAUAAAUUUUUUCCAUCUUCUCUAGUAACAGGUUUCUUACUCUGAUUGUUACUUUAGCAAUGUUGAGAGCAUUAAAGCUCCUAAUGCUCUCAACAUUGUUCUUAAUAGAGCGAAUAGUUGACUCGCCAACAUCGAAUGUACACCUAAGCUCAGCUGGAUCCUUCUUCAGCAUCUCAAUUAUUCAAAAUCUCCAGCUAGUGUUAGAGAAGACCUCUUGCAUUUUUCUGUGCAUCAAGGAGAGGGCUAAGGGAUGACUUGGUAGGAUGCUGAGAAGCCAUAAUGAUACCUGCAGUGGUGAACACCCAGAGAAUGUCUUACCAAGAUACUGAGAUAUGAACACUGCCAUAAAGAAUAAAAAGGCACAAUACUGUGACUGGAACAAUAUACAAAUAACCCACAUCUAGGAAACAAACUUAUGAUGACAUGAUUGUUUUCUUGAUGUCCCAUGCCAAGUGACACAUGCAAAGUGCCAACAACCACCUGCCAUUCAUUCCCGAUCACAUAAGAGCGAAUUUCAAAUGCAUAUAGCAAAUUCCUGGUAGAAAUAGGAUCACUGCAUAUGAGUGAAAUUACACAUAGCAAAUUGACAUAAAUGGCUUUCUGCAAAUGAGAAGUCAACAUUUUAUACUCUACAUUCAACCACAGAGAAUGUUUUCAAAGAAAAACUAAAAACAAAUUAAACAUUGAUUUCAUUCAUGAAAACAAGCACUGUACUGUAUCUGAAUGUAAAAUAUAUACAGUAUUUGUAUUUACAGACAAUUAAAUAGUAAAAAUUAUGCAGCAUUAAUGUUUAAGUUUCCUUUUAAUUAUUAGGUAUAUAUUUUAACAAGUAAUGAGCUGUAUAGCCCUUGUGGCUUAGCGCUUCUUUUUUUUUAUUAUAAUAAUAAGUAAUGACUUGUUGAUAAGUUGUGCUUAAUGCUGUAGUAUACAGAUAACUUAUUUUUUUAAAACCCUUUUUCUAUUUAACUUUUUCAGUAAAGUAUAUGAAAAUGUAAAAAUAUUUUGCAUAUAUUCAGAAUUAGCUUUUUAUAGCUAAGUGGUAUGUCUUUUAAUUACUAUUUAUGCGAGUUUAUAAAAAUAAUUUAGAUUUUUUACCUUUGUGAAUUCCAUAAAAUAAAUAUGCUCUAUCUACAGAUGUGAAGUACAAUAUAAGAACACCUUUCAGUGAAGUAUGUUCUUACAUCAAAUAUGAAUUUAAUAUAUCCUUUUAUUGUUUAUGUGUGGCUGGAUAUUUUGUAAUAUUUUAGCUAUUAACAACUCAUUUAGUACAUUUAAUUUCAGUUUUUUACUGCAACAUCUUCCAUGAAGGAAAAUGCCAUACAUUAUUUGGAGCAAAUUUUCAUUAUUAAAAAAAAAAUAGUGACAGUUGCAUUAUGAAAUUGUAGAGUUACCUACCCUUUAGCCUGAAGCAGCAACUUUCUCCACCUGUCCUGGUGGAGAUUUCUGAUACAGCAGGUGUUGUUGGCAGGCACCCUUGGGUAGUAAUGAUUGAUAUGGUCUUUCCUGUAACUCUGGCUACUGGCAAGAAGCCAGACCAGUAAAAAAAAAUUACAGUUUCCCAUCCUUGGUGAAGCCUUCUGGCACUUGGAACAACAUACACACAUACACAGUAUUGUUCCAAAUCUUUCAAACAGGUAAGUGCAAAUAUUUAAUUUUCUUGUGAGCCAAUUCCUCUCAAGGGAGGUUCCUUGAUGCUAGUGAGGAGCUCUUGAUCUAGGAAAUUGGAUCUAUGCUCUGGUUCCCUGAAUUGAGCCUAAAUACCUUCCAUUCCUUCCCCCCCCCCCCCACAUGUGCUGUAUAAUCCUAUGAGUUUAGCACUUCCUCAUGAAUAUAAUAAUAAUAAUUGUGAGCUAAUUUUCAUCAUUUUCAUUCACUUUUAUGAACAAAAAUUUUGUAAUGUGCCUUUUUGUGACUACAGGGGCAGACCUAUGGUCAUGACAUUACAUCUUCAUUAGUAUCUUCAUCACGAAUAUUUUUUAAAUUUACAAUGGUUGCAGCAUUUACUAGCCUACUUUUUCAGUUUACCUAUCUCCUCUACUGCUACUAUUUAUAAAUAAAAAUUUCCCAGUAUCCUUUUGGAUAAAUCUUUUCCUAAUUACAUUUGUGGCCUCUUUAUUACCCAUGUUGAAGGGGGCUAAAAAAAACUUUUAUCUAUUUUUCACAUCCUUUUAUAACUUUAUAUGAUGUUAUCAUAUUGCCUCUUUUUCUCCUUUCAAGCAGCAUGAGCAUCAAAAGUGUGUUCAGCCUUUCAUUAUAACUUGUAUUGUUUUUAGCUCUGGGAUCCAAUGUGUAGCAUUUCUAUGAGGCCUUUUUUUUUAUCUGAUCAAUAUUGUUUUAGGUGCAGACAUUACACAAUAUCUGCAUGCAUGUGUAGUGUGCAAUGGAGGAACAUCUUCAAAACAAAAUAUUGCCAAAACUUAAUCUACUUGCUCUACAUGUCUUCAUAUAUCACAGUCAUAUUCAGAACUGCAUAAUGGACAUUAAAAUGGUGCCUAAGUGAUUUCUGCACAAAUGUACUGGAUGAAAUCAAUUGUGAUAUGUUGAAACCCUUUAUCAGGUUUAUGAAUCAAAAGAUAGUAGUUAUUUACCAUUCCUUUUAUUUUACUGAGUUACUGGUUUGCCUUUACAUGUACUCCUCAAUAGGAUAUUUAAAAAAUAAAUACAUAUAUUAUUUGUGAUUAAUUUCUGUUAAACGGUAUGUAUAGAAAUGGGAGGUAAUCAUUUUAGAAUUCUAAAGACAGGUGGUGCAGCUUUACUGUUUCUCUCAAAGAGGUGUCUUGGUGCAGGUGAGGGGCUCUUGAUUAGAGAAAUCAGAGAUACCCUCUCCUUUCCAGGAUCAAAUCUGAAUGCCUCCCAUUCCCCAGACACAAUACAACUCUUCUGACUGUAUCCCUUAUCAUUACUCAUUAAUAUGUGGCAUUUUGCUUUGCAUACCAUCACUCAUUCCCAACUACCUUAAGUCACAUCAACUCAUGACAGUCAAGUAUUCUACACUAGAUACAGAAGUAAAUUAUUACAUAUUGAGCCUUAGGAGUAAUUCUGUGACUGAACUUGAAAAAAUGCCUACCUAGUCUUCGUUUGUACUUAAUCUUUGUUUACUCAUGUGGGCCUAAAUUUUCAACUAAAGUUGGAUUGCUUCCACCCAUGAAAUAUUUGAUUUAGGUUAAAGGUAUAAGAAAUCCUUGCUACAUGCAUGCACCAGUGAUUUGAUACUGUUGGUCAUGACUUGCUAGGUGAGGAUUAUAUGCCACUGGAUACAUCGCUCUGCACAUUUCCUUCUGAUAUCAUCAGUAGUCAAAUCAAAUGAACUAAACAGGCAAAGUAAAUGAUGGCAUUACUGUAAGCAAAUAAAUCAAUAUACUCUCAGUUUUUUACAAUAAUAUUUUAGGUUAGAAACAUUUAUAUUCUUUCUUUCUUUCAACACACCGGUCAUAUCCCACCGAGGCGGGGUGGCCCAAAAGGAAAAAUAAAAGUUUCUCCUUUUACAUUUAGUAAUAUAUACAGGAGAAGGGGUUACUAGCCCCUUGCUCCUGGCAUUUUAGUCGCCUCUUACAACACGCAUGGCUUACGGAGGAAGAAUUCUGUUCCACUUCCCCAUGGAGAUAAGAGGAAAUAAACAAGAACAAGAGCUAGAAAGAAAACAGAUGAAAACCCAGAGGGAUGUGUAUAUAUAUGCUUGUACAUGUAUGUGUAGUGUGACCUAAGUGUAUUACCUGGAGUUUACCUGGAGAGAGUUCCGGGGGUCAAUGCCCCCGCGGCCCGGUCUGUGACCAGGCCUCCUGGUGGAUCAGAGCCUGAUCAACCAGGCUGUUGCUGCUGGCUGCACGCAAACCAACGUACGAGCCACAGCCCGGCUGGUCAGGAACCGACUUUAGGUGCUUGUCCAGUGCCAGCUUGAAGACUGCCAGGAGUCUGUUGGUAAUCCCCCUUAUGUAUGCUGGGAGACAGUUGAACAGUCUCGGGCCCCUGACACUUAUUGUAUGGUCUCUUAACAUGCUAGUGACACCCCUGCAUUUCAUUGGGGGGAUGUUGCAUCGUCUGCCAAGUCUUUUGCUUUCAUAGUGAGUGAUUUUCGUGUGCAAGUUCGGUACUAGUCCCUCUAGGAUUUUCCAGGUGUAUAUAAUCAUGUAUCUCUCCCGCCUGCAUUCCAGGGAAUACAGUUUUAGGAACCUCAAGCGCUCCCAGUAAUUGAGGUGUUUUAUCUCUGUUAUGCGCACCGUGAAGGUUCUCUGCACAUUUUCUAGGUCAGCAAUUUCACCUGCCUUGAAAGGUGCUGUUAGUGUGCAGCAAUAUUCAAAGUUUAUUCUCUAUAAGGAUUACAAUGCUGAGUUUACAGAAAUUUGGUUAUUGUGUGGUUUACAUGUAGUAAAAUAGUGAUUACAGAGUGUACCACUAGAACGCUUAGCAUGGCUAGGCAUUUCGGGCAGACUUAGUUUUAUUCUUAAUUGUAAAAUAUUACAAAUUAUGAGGUAAGUUGAUAUUAUGGCUAAGUGACUAAAUACUAGUUUGUGAGUUUAGCAAUGUGAAUGCUUUUGUUUUGGCACAGUACAUAGUUCCAGCCUAGAUAGAACAAGUGACCUGAAGAGUGUCAUCAUGGGCUUGGCCUCCCUAGUUUUGAAGAUUCUCAUUAUCCAUCCUGUCAUUUUUCUAGCAAGAUAAGAUAAGAUAAGAUUUCGUUCGGAUUUUUAACCCCGGAGGGUUAGCCACCCAGGAUAACCCAAGAAAGUCAGUGCGUCAUCGAGGACUGUCUAACUUAUUUCCAUUGGGGUCCUUAAUCUUGUCCCCCAGGAUGCGACCCACACCAGUCGACUAACACCAAGGUACCUAUUUGCUGCUAGGUGAACAGGACAACAGGUGUAAGGAAA